UUUUUCUAUAUUUAGUAGCAUAUUGGAAAUAAUAACAGAACUCAUAUUCUAGUUAUUUUCUGAUGUUUGUCAUGAGAAAUUUAUGAAAACGUACGUUGAGAAAAAGUCUGAAGUACAACUCAAGUCUUGUCUAGGACCUGUCGGCCACAGGGAUACCUAGACCUGAUUGUUAAGGUCCGACGCUUGAGCAUUGGGGUCCCAAGUACGGAUGUUGGAAUUAAUCUAUUUUGAAAAGUGAUUUUUGAUGUUUAAAAGAGGGAGUGAAUUUCUUGAAUAAGAUUUUCAGACGAUUCAUAUUCUUAAAUGAUCCAAAUGUUAGAAAAUGAGGAAUAUGUUUGGAAUGUAAAAUUUCCACAAAAGGUGCACUUCCCUUGGGGAGAUGGACUUGUUUCGGGUAUUCAUGUGCAAAAAAUAACUGAUAAAAAUAACUUAAAAUGGACCAAUUUAUAGUUGAAGAAAAAGAUUAUUGUGGACUAUGCUCAUCAUCUUCACCUUUAUCAUUGGAUGUUACUUAUCAACCGUUGAUGGUUGUUGGUGGUUGUUGGUAGUGGUCACUGGCUUUUUACCGGUGAAAUAUAAGGAAGCUGAAUUUAAAGAUUAAGAUAAACAUUUCAAUCUAAUUAGUGAAUUCAACUAGAUUAAGCCAGAUAUUUUAGUCUAAUUAGCUUCCAUAUAUAUUAAAAGCUUUAGCAAACAUAAUUACAAGAAUAUAAUGAAAGAGAAAGAAAGAAGAAAAAAAUUAUUGAAAAAAUGAAAAAGAAAGGAAAGCUGGUCGGAGCUUCAAGCAAAUGAGGACGAGAUGAACGCUGGUGGCCGGAGGUGUCCAUCAACAUCUAAGAAAUAUCUCUCCUUGAAACUCCUCUCCCACCAAGUCUCCAUUUAUAAUAUCAUAAAAUUUAUUAAAUAAUAUAAAAAAUACUAUACAUUUUUCUCUUAUAAAAGUAAUUAAAAUGAAAAAAAGGUCCCUCCUCCGGUCCUUCCCCCUAAAUCCAAUGCUACAUCCUCAUUGGCCUGUCCCCAAGAAUCGCAUUCAUCGAAACCAACAUCGACCUCACAUAUGAUCACUCGAAAAAAGCUAAAGCUCGUAUCAACCUCACAAUAUUCCCAAGAUCCCUUCCGACGGUCAGGUGGAUCAUGGACUUGAAAGAAAGCCACACAAAUUGGAAUUCAGUCCGGAAAAGGACACGUACACUUGUCACAUACCAUUCAAAAAAGGGUACCCUUCGGAUGACGUGUCGGCUACCGCCCCACCCAUUUCUCGACCCCUCUCUUAUUCACACACACACUCUCCAGCUCCUUCUCGCCUAUCUUCUCAAAGCUCCCGAACGAGAUAGCAGCGAGGAUCGUUCAAGAACUGGAGCGGAGCCAGGGUGCCUCACGAGAAUCAAGAAGGACGAAACGCUAGCCAUUUGUUCAGCUCACUCUCAUUUUCCACAUGAGGAAAGGAGACAUUGCAAUGAGUGUGGAAGAAGGUUCCGGCUCAGCUCAGUCGGAUGGGUCGAUGGCCUCUUCUCCUGCAGGAACCCACCAACCUGGUAAUGAACUGGACACCCUUCACGGGGGUGGCCCUGAGGGUAACUCUGAUGAAAAUAAUGAGGGGCAGAGUUCAUCACCUGCAGCUCGUGAGGAGACCAAGGACGAUGGAGGAGAAGGCGCACGACUCCAAGCAUUGGCCGACCGCUCCUCGGGCCUGGACGAUUCGAAAGAGGAAGGGAAAGAAGAUAGAGGAAUGAACGGGCGGGAGAGGCUGAAGAGACAUCGGAUCGAAGUUGCGGGUCGGGCGUGGAUCCCCGAUAUAUGGGGGCAGGAGGAGCUGCUGAAGGAUUGGGUGGAUUGCUCCGCGUUCGAGGCUUCGUUCCUGCCCGCGAAAAUCAUGUCGGCUAAGGCUGCUUUGGUUGAGGAGGGAAGACGAGCUAAUUCCGGUGGACUGAGAUUAGAGAACAGGUGCUAGAGUUUUUCACCCUUUUUCUUCUAUUUAUUAGAGGCGUGUAACCAUAAUCACUUUUAGAUUAAUCUUGGCAAUGUGUUGAUUUCAAUGUGUGUUGUAUCGUCCGACCAGGAAUAUAAAUAAUGUUAAAGUGAUUUUCGGGAA